AAAGAUGAAGGUAGUGAUGCUAGUUUGAGCGAUAGCCACAUAUCUCCUCCCGCCAAACGUACCUCAAAACAUGCUGAUCCUGUGUGCAAAGACAAAUCGAAAUCACGCAGUACUGGGCAGCGAGAGGAAUGGAGCAUCUCAACUGGACAGUCCAGGUUAACUUCUCAGCCUGGUGCUACACUACCAAAUGGACGUAGCUUAUCUCUCAAAAGCCAUCCCCUUCGAGGGGAAAAAAAGGGAGAUGGGGACCAUGCUUGCAUAAACGGAGAUAUAGAAGUCAGAAAAAGUUGUCGGUCCAGGAAAAACAGAUUUGAAACUUUGAAUCAGAGUUUAUUGUUUGAUCAGCUAGUAAACAGUACUGCUGAAGCUGUCCUACAGGAAAUGGAUAAUAUUAACAUCAGGAGGAAUAGGCGGUCUGGAGAAGUGGAACGGCUACGAAUGUGGACAGACACAGAAUUUGAAAACAUGGAUAUGUAUUCUCGAGUAAAAAGAAGAAGGAAAUCACUGAGGAGAAAUAGCUAUGGGAUUCAGAACCACCAUGAAGUAUCCACAGAAGGGGAAGAGGAAGAGUCUCAGGAAGAAGAUGGAGAUAUAGAAGUAGAAGAAGCUGAGGGAGAGGAAAACGAUCGGCCAUAUAAUCUCAGACAGAGAAAAACUGUUGAAAGAUACCAGGCUCCUCCAAUAGUGCCAGCUCAUCAAAAAAAGAGGGAGAAUACACUGUUUGACAUUCACAGAUCUCCUGCAAGAAGAAGCCAUAUCAGGAGAAAGAAGCAUGCUAUUCACAGCAGUGAUACAACCUCUUCAGAUGAAGAACGUUUUGAAAGAAGAAAAUCUAAAAGCAUGGCCAGAGCAAGAAAUAGGUGCCUGCCUUUGAACUUUAGAGCAGAAGACUUAGCUAGUGGAAUCCUGCGAGAACGUGUGAAAGUUGGGGCAAGUUUGGCUGAUGUCGACCCUAUGAUUGUUGAUAAAUCGGUUCGUUUUGAUAGUAUAGGGGGAUUGAGCCAUCAUAUCCUUGCACUUAAGGAAAUGGUAGUGUUUCCUCUUCUCUAUCCAGAAAUAUUUGAAAAAUUCAAAAUUCAACCACCAAGGGGCUGUUUAUUCUAUGGUCCUCCUGGAACAGGUAAAACCUUGGUAGCUAGAGCUCUAGCUAACGAAUGCAGUCAAGGAGACAAAAAGGUGGCUUUCUUUAUGAGGAAAGGAGCAGACUGUCUCAGUAAGUGGGUUGGUGAAUCUGAACGUCAGCUUCGACUCCUUUUUGAUCAGGCAUACUUGAUGAGACCCUCUAUAAUAUUUUUUGAUGAAAUAGAUGGCUUGGCUCCAGUUCGUUCUAGUAGACAAGAUCAGAUUCACAGCUCUAUAGUGUCUACUCUUCUUGCCCUCAUGGAUGGACUGGAUAAUAGAGGUGAAAUAGUUGUAAUUGGUGCUACAAACAGACUGGAUUCUAUAGAUCCUGCACUCAGGAGACCUGGUCGCUUUGACAGGGAAUUUCUUUUCAACUUGCCCGAUAAAAAGGCACGAAAGCACAUUUUACAAAUUCAUACCAGAGAUUGGAACCCCAAAUUGUCAGAUCCUUUCCUAGGAGAACUAGCUGAAAAAUGUGUUGGGUACUGCGGAGCUGACAUAAAAGCACUUUGCACUGAGGCUGCCUUGAUUGCCCUGAGACGACGCUAUCCCCAGAUUUACGUGAGCAGUCAGAAACUACAGCUUGACGUUUCUUCAGUAGUUCUCAGCGCGCGGGAUUUUUAUCAUGCAAUGCAGAAUAUUGUGCCUGCUUCCCAACGUGCCGUCACAUCGUCGGGACACGCGUUAUCUCCUGUGAUCAGACCACUGUUGGAACGUACCUUCACUAAACUUCUUGAGGUUUUACACAAAGUGUUUCCUCAUGCCGAAUUUAGCCAGGGUGACAAAAGUGAAGAUGUACCAAGUCUAAUAUUAGAUGAUAGUGAAGAUGAGAACGCUUCAUCAAUUUUUGAGACGAGCUGUCCCUCAGGAUCACCAAAGAAACAGUCAUCAGCUGCUAUACAUAAACCCUACCUUCAUUUUACAAUGUCAGCUUAUCACCAGCCAACCCCUUACAGACCAAGAUUACUGCUAUCUGGAGACAGAGGUUCGGGUCAGACUUCGCACCUUGCUCCAGCUCUAUUGCACACUCUGGAGAAAUUCUCUGUUCACAGGCUAGAUCUGCCAGCACUUUAUUCAGUCAGUGCCAAAACGCCUGAAGAAUCAUGUGCACAGAUCUUUCGUGAAGCUCGAAGAACAGUACCAAGUGUUGUUUACAUGCCUCAUAUUGGUGAUUGGUGGGAAGCCGUCAGUGAAACUGUGAGAGCUACUUUUCUAACGUUGCUGCAAGACAUACCAUCUUUUUCCCCUAUAUUUCUACUGUCUACCUCUGAGUCCAUGUAUAGUGAAUUGCCCGAAGAGGUGAAAUGCAUUUUCAGAAUCCAGUAUGAAGAGGUUUUUUAUAUUCAGAGACCAAGUCAAGAAGACAGAUUGCGAUUUUUCAAAGGGUUAAUUCUUGAUGAGGCAGCAAUGCCCCCACCAAGAAGGAAACAGGCUGCUCUUCGUGCUCUGGAAGUUCUUCCUCUUGCACUGCCGUGUCCUGCCCGGGAGCUGUCAGAAGCAGAAAAGCAGCGGAUGGAGGACCAGGAAGAGAACACAUUGAGAGAGCUGCGGUUGUUUCUCAGGGAUGUUACCAAGAGGCUGGCCACAGACAAGCGCUUUAACAUCUUCAGCAAACCGGUGGAUAUUGAAGAGGUUUCAGAUUACCUUGAAGUUAUCAAAGAGCCAAUGGACCUGUCAACAGUAAUAACCAAAAUUGAUAAACACAACUACUUAACAGCCAAGGAUUUUCUAACAGAUAUUGACCUGAUCUGCAGCAAUGCAUUGGAGUACAAUCCAGACAAAGAUCCUGGAGAUAAAAUAAUUAGACAUAGAGCCUGUACUUUGAAGGACACUGCUCAUGCUAUCAUUGCUGCUGAACUGGAUCCAGAAUUUAAUAAGAUGUGUGAAGAAAUCAAGGAAGCAAGAAGAAAAAGAGGCUUAUCAGUAACAACAGAACAAAUAAAUCCUCAUGGUUCCACGGUACGGAAAACAGAAGCGCGAGUUGAAGAGGCUUUUCGGAACAAACAAAAACCCACGAUGGCGGUGUGGCCCAACUCUGCGAAUAAAUGUGCGUUUCGACUAAGGAGAAAAUCAAGACGGCGCUCGCAGUGGGGCAAGGGCAUUAUUAAGAAGAGGAAAGUCAAUAAUUUGAAGAAAGAUGAAGAUGAUGCAAAGUUUGCUGAUGAUGAAAAUCAUGGAGAGGACAGUAAAUUACUAGAAAACGGAGAGCUAGAGAUCAGCACUGACUGCAUUGAGGAGAAUGGGGAGGAAACAGGAGAUCUCUCCAUGACAAAUGAUGAAUCCUCUUGUGAUAUUAUGGACAUUGAUGCAGAGCAGAGGCUUAACAAUGGGACGUCAGGAAAGGAAAACAACUUUGCAUCCACAGAAGAAGAGAGCUCCAAUGAAUCUCUGCUAAUAACUGACACUGUUACCUUGAGUGCUGAAAAGGGGGUAAGGAAGGACUCUGCGUCGAAAGGGGACUGUAUGAAUGGAGAGGCAUCUGUGCACAGCUUGGAGGGUGUCCUUGUUCCAGCCUGUCAUAACGGUAAAGUGGAAUCAGUUGAUGUUGUUUCACCCUGUGACAGCAGUGAUGGGUCUCGUAACAGGCAAAAAUCUUCAUCUGAAUAUCAGUCAAAGGAGAAAACGGAAACUUGCAGUGAGAGUCAAGGAGCUGAUCCAGUGAAAGCUGAGGUACCACAUUGCAGCAAUAAUGAAAAAACACUACAGAGCACAGACAUUGAAACUAAAGAUGCUGAAGCAGAUAAAGAAGGUAUGUUCAAAAGCAAGAAAACACGAAAAGUUGCUAUGGAACAGUCAAAGCCCACAAGUUUGGAUCAGGUCCCAGACGAACCAUUGGAUCCCAUACCCUCUGUCGUUGUUGACCAUGACAGACUAAAGAAACUCCUUGAUUUGGUGGUUAAGAAAAGUCACAACCUGACUGUUGACCAACUUGAGAGAUUGUAUUCGCUCCUCAGUCAGUGCAUCUACAGACAUCGUAGAGACUAUGACAAAUCACAACUUACAGAGGAGAUGGAAAGAACAGUUCAUGUGUUUGAAACAUUCCUGUGA